AUGGAGGCGUUAUUGGAGCAGCAAUCUGAGCUCCGCGGACGCAUCUCUCGCGUCGUCGCGAACCUCAAGAAGACCGGCGUCACGAACCUGACUGUUGACCACGUCCAAGCGGCCUUGGUCAUUUUGGAAAAGCGAUGGGCAAAGUUCGAGGAGAACCACGAUAAGCUCGGGCUUGCUCACGGGAAGGAGUUAAGGAAAACCGAGUACUAUACGAACGACCAUGCCGAAGAGGUGGAGAUGCUCUACACCAGCCAACGAGCUGCAUUAAUGGACCUAAGGCGGCCGUUGAAGGCAAAGACCGAAGGAAAUGUUUCGACGACGGUCAGGGCCGAAAGCACGCAGCGAGCCCCGCUUCCUCGGCUCAAGCUUCCAACGUUCUCCGGCAAAUUCGAGGACUGGCCGGUAUUCCGGGAUCUGUUCGACUCCAUCGUCGGUCAGGAUCCGCAUUUGUCCGACGUCCAAAGGCUCCACUAUCUAAAGACGAGGGUUAAGGGAGGAGCGGAACAGCUUCUGAGGGACUUGCCCUCAACGGACGCAAAUUAUGAACGCGCGUGGUCAACUUUGUAA